GAUUCACUGGACCCAGAGGAAGCAGAGGUGCCCCAGGAUUGCCUGGGGAAAAGGGGCUUCCAGGAAAUCCUGGUUUUCCAGGUUUGCCAGGACUCCUGGGGGAAAAGGGGGUUACAGGUGAUGUGCUAGGAGCACCACCAGGCCCUCCUGGGGACGCUGGGCCACCUGGAUUCCCAGGAGCAAAAGGCUCACAAGGAGAUCAAGGGCCACCAGGAUUUAGAGGAAAAGAUGGCUUCCCUGGUCCACCUGGAUCCCAGGGGAAUCCUGGGUUUCCUGGCCCCACCGGCUUGACCGGUAUACGAGGACCACCAGCAACAUUUGGCUUCCCUGGACUGCCAGGCCAGCAAGGGUCCCUGGGCAGAAAAGGCUCCCAAGGAUUUGUGGGACCCCCUGGGGCCAGAGGGGAACCAGGAGAGCCAGGGAAAUUUGGUCCUGCAGGUGUGAAAGGUCCGCCAGGGGACAAAGGUGAACAGGGCUUUUCUGGACCUAAAGGAAAGGCUGGGGAAGCUGGUCUCCCUGGAAUUGAAGGAAUGCCUGGUUUCCCAGGGCCAAAAGGUGCUGAAGGAUCUUCUGGCAUCGGAGGUUUCAAAGGAGCUGUGGGAAUCAAAGGGUGGCCAGGAUGGAGGGGAAUCCAGGGAGAGAGAGGCUCCCCUGGUAAGCAUGGUGCUAAAGGUCUGCCUGGCGAACACGGACUAAAAGGUGAGCGUGGAGUUCGUGGUCUACCAGGAGCAGCUCCUAAAAUCAUGCCAAACCUAAUGAUGGAAGUGAAAGGUGAAAAGGGAAGUAAAGGAGCAGUUGGUUUUAAAGGGAGUAUCGGUUUGGAAGGAACUAAAGGAUCGCUAGGAUUACCUGGUCAGACAGGAAGACCAGGUUUACCUGGACCUCCUAGUUUUGAACGAGGUCAGAAAGGAGACAUUGGAAUUAAAGGAAUAAGAGGUGUUCCAGGAUAUGCUGGUAUCCCAGGUCCUCGUGGUAUUCCUGGCUUCCCUGGCAUCACUGGAAGGAGGGGAGAAAAAGGUGUUCCAGGAUUUCCAGGUUUGAUUGGUGAACAUGGCCAGCUAGGAGAAAUUGGUAACAGGGGAGAUACUAUAAACUUGCCAGGAAGUAAAGGUUCCAAAGGAUACCCUGGAACAGCUGGACCAACAGGGUUGACAGGAGCCAGAGGAAAGAAGGGUGAAACUGGGGAUCAAGGACAUCCUGGCGUAGAAGGCACGGAAGGCCCUCAAGGCUCCCAGGGGUUAAUAGGGCGAAGUGGAUUCAAAGGCCACUUUGGGGGAGUAGGUGUACCUGGAGAUCCAGGUAUUCCUGGAUUUUCAGGUGAAAAAGGAACUACUGGAAAUGUUGGCCCUCCAGGAAGAAAAGGUGAGCAUGGGCUCAGAGGACUCCCUGGAUUAGAUGGUUUGCCAGGUUCUAAGGGCUUGCCAGGAUCACCAGGUCCAGAUGGAUAUGGGACAUCAGGUUUUCCAGGUGUUUUGGGUGAUAAGGGGACAGCAGGAGACCCAAGCCCCACUGAAGGCAGCAGAGGAUCUCCUGGUCAGAAGGGACAAAGAGGGGAUCCAGGAUGGCGAGGUUCAGCUGGUGCUCCUGGACCGGACGGAAGACCAGGGUUUCCUGGAGUUUCCAAUAUAUCUGGUAUACCUGGCGAUGUGGGUUCAUCUGGUUUUGAUGGAGUACCAGGCUACCCUGGACCUCCAGGGAUUCCAGGAACAGCUGGUUUAUUUGGCUUCAAAGGAGAAGAGGGACCAAUAGGUGUGGCUGGAGAAAAUGGUCUAAAAGGAAUAAAAGGGGACCAAGGCCCAGAUGGAAAAGCUGGAAUACCAGGCUUGACUGGAGCAAAAGGACAUAAAGGUGGACAAGGAAUCAUGGGCUUUGUUGGCCGAACAGGAAUUCCUGGUGACUUUGGUCCCAUAGGACCCAAAGGAGAUAGAGGCCCCCCUGGUUUUCAGGGACCUCCAGGUUCCCCCGGAUUGCCACCUUUAAUUCCUAAACUGGUUGCUGAGCAUGGGGCACCAGGUGCCCCUGGAAAAACAGGCCCCCAAGGUCCUGCAGGUGAAAUGGGUCCUCAAGGUCCACCAGGAGAUCCAGGUUUAAGGGGCCCAAUAGGAAAACCAGGAGCACAAGGAAGAGGAGGUAUAUCUGCAUCUCCGGGCUUCAGAGGUGAUCAAGGAAGAGGAGGACUGCAGGGUCCAGCAGGCUUUGAAGGUGCAGCAGGUGAUCCUGGUACUCCUGGACUGCCAGGUAUGCCAGGCCGCAGUAUUAACAUAGGGUAUCUCCUUGUGAAGCACAGUCAAUCUGCUCAAGAGCCGAUGUGUCCAGAGGGCAUGAACCAACUUUGGAGCGGCUACAGUUUAUUGUACUUUGAAGGACAAGAAGAAGCACAUAACCAGGAUCUUGGCCUGGCUGGGUCAUGUUUGGCUCGAUUCAACACUAUGCCUUUCCUUUACUGCAAUCCGGGGGAUGUCUGCUACUACGCAAGUCGCAAUGAUAAAUCCUACUGGCUCUCAACCACAGCCUCUCUUCCAAUGAUGCCUGUGGUGGAGGAAGAUAUCAAACCUUAUAUCAGCCGUUGUUCUGUCUGUGAAGCUCCUGCUCUCGCCAUUGCUAUUCAUAGUCAAGAUAUUACUAUUCCUCACUGUCCUGAAGGAUGGCGCAGUUUAUGGAUUGGUUAUUCUUUCCUUAUGCACACUGCAGCUGGUGCUGAAGGAGGAGGACAGUCACUAGUUUCUCCAGGUAGCUGUCUGGAAGACUUCAGAGCCACACCAUUCAUUGAAUGCAAUGGCGCUCAAGGGACCUGUCACUACUUUGCAAACAAAUACAGUUUUUGGCUUACCACCAUUGACCAUAACUUUCAACACUCGCCUUCCCCAGAUACACUCAAGGCUGGACUCAUCCGAACACAUAUAAGCAGAUGCCAAGUGUGUAUGAAAAAUUUGUAAAAUAAACACAAAAUAACCCCAAAGCAAUAAGUCAUGGCAUGGAUCAAAUCUGUUGGUGCUUAUUUAACUUAUUACCUCGUCAUUUGAACACAACUUCAACUACCAUUGUUAUCUGGAAGAACAAACCACUGCAAGUACUUAUAACCAAGCUAUUGUUCAGCCUUUGUUUAUAUAUUUGUGGGUCUGCUUUUAUAUGCUGCGUAUAUACAGUCUGUUAUGAGAAUGAAACAAUAGACAAAGUUUAAUUAUUAAAUAUACUUGCUGUCAUUUAUGUCUGAUUUAAUAAUGUCAAUUGAUAUUUAUCUCCCUUUUCAUAUGCAUAUUACUGAACACUACUAACUCUUAGUAAUUAAGUAUUAAAUAAACAUUCAAACACAAAUGCAAACUGUGUUAGAAUUUAGGAUUUUAAACUGUAUUUAGCAGACUCAGAUUGUUAAAAAUGCAAAUCCCAUUUUAACAUCCACAAAACAGUCAAAAAUAGGAGCAAAAAUAUUCUUGCUCUAAAGGAGCCCUGUUUUUAGUUGAAGUCUUUGGUUACAAAUCCAACAGAAUUACAAUGUUUUAUGACUGGAUGAAACUUUAACAUGUACUCAAUAUACUUUAUAUUGCAAUUAUAUUUCAGGGCCAUUAUUUGUUUCUUUAUUAGACAUCCUGUUGCUACAUGUGCCUAACAAAAGCCUGCAGAGAAUGAACAAGAAGCUUUAUUUGUGUCCCGUUUAACUUAAAUUCAGAAUUCUGAUGCAUUGAACACAAUGUUACAUUAUGCUGUGCAGUACCCUAAAUGGACAGAGUGCAUUAGACCAGAAUUCAGUUCUCUCAGUACUGCUGUGGGGAAUGUUCAGUGUGGCUUGGAGAUAGACAGCCCAUUAUGGCCUUUUAGAUGUUUAUAUUCCAACUAGGUUAAUGAGAGAUGAUGGGUUGGAAUCCAAUUUGACUGUAUUUUGCCUAUUUCUAUUCAACCACUGCUGGAUAUCACAGAAUCUAUGUCAUAAUAAUCUCAUGAUAAUUAGAGGAAUAGCACAAAAGGAAGGUGCUUGGAAGAUUAUGCCCCGCAGCUUGUGCAAUUGCAAUUCAAGCUACAAUCAAGAAGCACCCUACUAGACAGUACCAUUCAUUUAAGUUUUUUGAGCGCCCAUACUUAGGAAUAUGAUAUCUGUCGUUCUUCCCAGUGUAAGAAAGAUAAGAGAGAGACUCAAUUAGUAUCACGUUCUUGGGAGGGAAGUGAGUGAGUGAUAGAAAAGGCAUCUCCUCCCAGAAAGAAUUAGGACUGUGCCUGGGAAAAUGAGAUACACACUCUUCUCAUAGCAAUGCAAUAACAAAGCUGUGAUUAUGUGCACACUUAUCGGGUAAGCUGUACAAAUGAAGCUGGACUGGCUUCCAAGUAAACAUGUAUAAAAUUGCUGAGUAAAUCAGCUUCUAUACCCAAUUCUUUCACUAGUACUGACAAGCAGAUGAAAAGGAGGCAGAAUCAGAAUUUCAACUGCAAGUGGCAACAACCCACCCUUGGUGGCGGGCAGCUGCCCACACCAAUCUCUUCAUUCCUCCGUGUAAUUGGGCAGUGAGAGCUUCCCACUGUUUCCCAGAGAAUUUCCUUCCCAAACCAAGUCCUGAAUAAGAAAUGCUCAAAUACCCUUUCAGGUCUUUCUCCUUUGUACUUAUGAUCACAGUGUUUCAUUUUGUAUGAUAAAUAAAAGUGUGUCUUAAACUUUUUCCUAUUGAAU